AGAGGGGAGGGACCAGGGACGGGGAACUCUUGGGAGGCUUUUCCAGGGCUGAAUCUUGGUGUUUGGGAGGUUUUCGUGAAGCACAGAUGGCCGGUGACUGGUAGAGAUGGACUUGGGCAGAGGGACCUUCAAACUCAACAUGAUCAUCCCUUGUUUUCCCCAAACCAGGAUUUCCCAUUGCCAACCCCUGGGAGUCUGUGAGGAAGAUGCCCCGGGACACUGAGGCAGAGCAGGAGCUGAGCAUGGAGAGCAGGGAGGACAAAUGCCCGCGGCAGAACCUGGUGGAAGAGGCCGUUUUGAGCGGCUCCAUGGUGCAGGAAGCCAACGGGGAGGAAAAGCCCCAGAGAUGUCGCACAAGGAGGGGCUGCAAACGCAGAUGGCAGGGAUCUGAGGAGGAAAGAGCCAGCCUGGGCUGGGAAGGCGGCCAGAGAUCAAGCCAGAGCUCGGAGCUGGUGCUCCAUGAGCAGCUCCAUGAUGGGGAGAAGCCCCACACAUGUGUGGAGUGUGGGAAGAGCUUCAGGUGGAACUACAAGCUCAUCGAGCACCAGAGGACCCACACUGGGGAACGGCCAUACGAGUGUGGGGAGUGUGGGAUGAGCUUCAGCCGGAGCUCCCACCUGACCAGCCACCAGAGGACCCACACUGGGGAGAGGCCCUACGAGUGUAGGGAGUGUGGACAGAGCUUCAGGCAGAGCUCCAGCCUGAUCAGCCACCAGAGAACCCACACUGGGGAACGGCCCCAUGAGUGUGGGGAGUGUGGGAAGAGCUUCAAGUGGAGCUCUGACCUGAUCAAGCACCGGAGGAUCCACACUGGAGAACGGCCCUACAAAUGUGGGGAGUGUGGGAAGAGCUUCAGGGGGAGCUCUGACCUGAUCAAGCACCAGAGGAUCCACACUGGGGAACGACCCUACGAGUAUGGGGAAUGUGGGAAGAGCUUUAAGGACCAUGACACCCUGAUCAGGCACCAAAAGAUCCACACUAGGGAGAGGCCUUACGAGUGUUCCGAGUGUGGGAAUAGAUUUCAGUUCAACUCCCAUCUCCUCCUGCACAAUCUGAGUCACACAGAGGAGAGGAGUGCCGCCUCCCAGAGCGCCCCCUCACAGUUGCCGCCCUUGGCCUGA